UAAUGCGUUGCCUGCGUGUUGUUUGGCGGCCUGGGGUUCCCAAUUUUGCGUCAUCGUCUUCAUCCUCGUUCCUCAGUGGCCUCGGACGACAUCACGACACAGUUGUGAAGCAGCCGCAGUGAUUGGCGGGAGCAGCAGCAGUAAUGGAUCGCGAUUGGGGUUCGAAGCCGGGCAGUGGAGGCGCUGCCUCCGCCCAGAACGAAGCCAUCGACCGUCGUGAGCGUCUCCGCCGACUUGCCCUCGAGACUAUUGACCUUGCUAAAGACCCCUACUUCAUGCGCAAUCAUCUUGGCAGCUAUGAGUGCAAGCUCUGUCUCACUUUGCACAACAAUGAAGGGAAUUAUCUGGCGCACACACAGGGUAAGCGGCAUCAGACCAAUUUGGCUAAGAGAGCAGCUCGCGAGGCCAAAGAGUCGCCCGCUCAACCUCAGCCCCACAAGCGUAAAGUCUCCAUUCGUAAGACAGUGAAGAUUGGUAGACCUGGGUACCGAGUGACCAAGCAAUAUGAUCCAGAGACAAAUCAGAGAUCUCUUCUUUUCCAGAUUGAAUAUCCUGAGAUUGAAGACCUAACAAAGCCAAGGCAUCGAUUUAUGUCUUCUUAUGAGCAGAGAGUGCAACCCUUUGAUAAGAGAUAUCAGUAUCUUUUGUGCGCAGCUGAACCAUAUGAAAUCAUUGCUUUUAAGGUUCCCAGCAUAGAGAUUGAUAAGUCAACUCCAAAGUUUUUCUCACACUGGGACCCAGACACAAAGAUGUUUACGUUGCAAUUGUAUUUCAAACCGAAGCCGCCAGAGGCAAACAAACCCCAGCCUCCCUCAACAGCCAAUAGCACAGCUGCCCCUGGUGCUCCACCAAGGCCUUUGCCUCCACCGCCUCAAGCUCCACCACCACCACCUCCUCCGCCCCAAGGCUUACCACCUGGUGCACCUCCUGGAAAUCCUCCCAGAGCCCCUCCGCCUCCGAUGCCUGGAUCAUUGCCGCCGCCACCUCCUAUGUCAAAUGGCCCUAGAUCUGCACCUCCUGUUGGCAGUAGCACAACAGCAAGUUUCAGCAUGGGUGCUAGGCCUCCAUCUCUGCCACCUGGGCAAGGUUUUCCAGGACAACAAAUGCAGGGUCAGGUUGGUCAUCCACCACCACCACCACCGCCACCUAGAAUGGGGCAGUAGGUUCGUUAUGGAUACUUCAAUGCGAGAGCAAUGUCUUUUUGGACUAAUGGAACGAUGCUGCUGGGUUGGCAGAUUAUAGACUGAGGACUGUAACUAAGCCAUUUGGUCUCCCGAAACAAUAGAAGAGAAAAGAAGGAAAAGGAGCUGUUGGCCAUUUUAGAAUUACUUGCGCGCUUUUCUUUUGAUCUGCAUCUUCAUUGAUUCUUAAUACAAAGGACAAGUUACUAUUACGAUUUUAGAUUAUGAAGUCAUCUAGCAUUUUGCAUCA